CUACAGGCCUUGGACCUCAUAGGGAUGAAAAUGCGACGUCACAGAGUGUUCUUGCUGUGCACAGUGGGCCUGUGUGUCAUCUCCUUCCUCCACUAUUACAAGGCCCUACACUACGUAUCCCUGCUCAAGGAGCUGUCGGCCCCGUACCCCAACAUCAAGUCCUUCAUCAUGGUGACAGGCUUCUUCUGGAGGGAGGGGGCCACACCGUUAACGUCGGCUGCCUCGUCGUCUGACUUCGCCGCCUCGCAGGAGGAAGGACCCCCGCCCGCCCUCAGGCCCUCGGACACCAAGCCCCGGAUAGUAGGGGCUAUUAGCCCUGGGGGUGGAGGAGGAGGUGGGGUGGAGAUGAGGCUGAGGCUGAGAGAGGAACCUGCUGCGCCCCAACCAUGGGGUCAACCAGAGGAGGAGCCCAGACACAGGGACACGGAUCCCAACGAGGAGCGUGAAGGUGAGGACCUCCACUUCAAGCCCUGGUACCCCAGCCACCCAGCCCACCCUGUCAGACCUUACGCCCCAGAGGAAAGGGCCUCAGCUGUGAUCGAUGACCAGAUGGUGCCCUCCAAGGCUCCAUCCCCGGACCCCUUAGAAACCCUGGGCGACAUCCACACCCGCACCCACCAGCUCCAGGACGACCCCACCUCCUACUUCGUCCGCACUAAAGCCGGAGCCCUCUGCUUCCGCCAGGGGACGGAGGUCGCCACCCCCAGGGAUGACGCGGCACGACCCGGGGGGCCUACUGUGACUGGUACUGGGGUAGGAUCUCGAGCAGGCUCCCCUGGGCAACGUAAGCCCCUGGUGGUCCUGAACCAAUCCCACCAACAACCACUCCAUCCGUCGUCCUCCGGCACCUCCAUGCCUCCCAAGGCCAAAUCAAGAGGACGAGGAGGCAAACGACUGGUAAAAUGUGUGUGUCGGCCGGGGUGGCACGGGCCCUACUGUGGGGUACCUACCAUGGUCUACCACUCUAACCUGCCCACUAAGGAGAGACUGACGCCCAGAGAGAGACCCAGGAGGGUGAUCAAUGCCAUCAACGUGAACCAUGAGUUUGAUCUUCUCCACGUGAGGUUCCACGAGUUGGCCCAGGCUGUGGAUCUGUUCCUGGUGUGUGAGUCUAACUUCACCGCCUACGGAGAGAGACGACCACUACGGUUCCUGCGUCUCCUCCUGAACGGAACCUACGACUACGUGCGCCACAAAAUCCUCUACGUUUUCCUAGACCACUUUCCCGACGGCGGGCGCCAGGACGGCUGGAUCGCAGAUGACUACCUCCGUACCUACCUGACCCGCGACGGCAUGGCCAGGGUGACCGGAUCACGCCCCGACGACGUCUUCGUCAUCAACGAUGCCGACGAGAUCCCGGCCCGCGAGGGACUUCUUUUCCUCAAGUUGUUCGACGGGUGGACGGAACCGUUCGCCAUCCACAUGAGGAAGUCGCUCUACGGGUUCUUCUGGAAGCAGCUGGGGUCGUUGGAGGUCGUGUCGGGGUGCACGGUCGGAAUGCUCCGAGACGUCUAUGAUGCCGAUGGGAUACGUCUCCGGCGCCGGGAAUACUACACCAUGCCCGGUUUCAGGAAGUACGAGAACGACACGGGUCACAUCCUGGUCCAGUGGGCCGUUGGAAGCCCCUUCCACUUUGCUGGGUGGCACUGUUCUUGGUGCUUUAGCCCUGAGGGCAUCUAUUUUAAGCUGAUCUCGGCCCAGAACGGGGACUUCCCGCGUUGGGGCGACUACGAGGACAAACGGGAUCUGAAUUAUAUCCGGGACCUGAUCCGGACGGGGGGUUGGUUCGAUGGAUCGGUGCAGGAGUACCCCCCCUCGGACCCCAAAGAGCACAUGUACGCCCCAAAGUAUAUGUUGGAGAAUUAUGAGAAGUACCUGUACCUUCUGGAGAACCCAUAUGUCAAACAUGAUAAAAUGAUUGAGGGGUAACGAAUUUGGGAGGGGUGGAGAAUUGAAGGAAGUGAAUGGGUAAGGAAGGAGGGCCCCUGGGACUCACAAGGUGGGGACAUGGAAACAAAAUUAGCACUCUUCAUGGGUGAAGGAUACAGAAGGAAAGAAAGCCUUAGCACUGAUGGGGAAGGAUACAGAAGGAAGGAAAACACUGACGUUGGAAGGAUACCUAACACAAGCUCCAAAAAGUCCUUAUUUUUGGGUAAAAGGGAACAUUGGAACAGCUUUGGGGGGAAAUGACCACUGACUACUGACAAAAUAGUCCUCCCUAGAAACUCUCUCUAUAUCAACCUCUGAACCUCACCUACUACUUUCCUAGUUCUGACUGACAGACAGGCCUUUAUGCUGGGUUGGUACGGUGGGGGCAGAGGGACAAAACAGGCGAAUCGCAAACCUGUGGAAAAAGGAAGCAAAAGAUGACAUUUUUGUUUCUGUUGAUGUUUACUUCAUCAUAUCGUCAUAGCGACACAGACACUCCCUCAUCCCGUCGCGGAAUUCUCACUCACUGUUGGAUACCUUCCUGUUGUGUUUUUAGUGACCCCCUGCUAACACACACACACACACACACACACACACACACACACACACGUUCUCCUCUCAUCAUAUGUGAGUUAGAUAUAGUGCAGUCUACAGUGUAUUGCUUUCCUAUGGUUAAUAUUCUUG